AUGGUAGAGUCUCUCACUCAACAUCCAAACAUGGAAAGAAAACCUCCAUCAAGACUGUUACCACUUGCUCUAAUUUCACUACUACUACUACUACUACUACUCACCACCAGAAUCCAUGUACAAGCAAGAACCACCCAUGCAAGCCACCACCAUCACCACCAUCAUAGAAAAAGAGAGAACUGUGACCCUCUCUUCCGCUUCCUCUUUGGACACUGUGGCCGUUGGCCAUUCCCUAACAACCCUUUCAUCCCUCCUCCCUAUAUCCCUAUUCCUUCUCCAGCCUCUACACCUCCACCUCUUGUUCCAUCUCCUCCACCACCUGUAUCUCCAUCUCCACCACUACCACCAUCAUCCAAUCCCAUAUUCACUCCACCACCACCACCACCACCGUAUACAGAUACAGCACCACCUUUGUUCCCUAUAUUCUCCAGUCCACCGCCUCUUGUUCCACUUGAUUUGCCACCUCCGUAUCCCUUCUUCCCUCCAUCACCAGAUGUCUUUCAGCCACCGUUAGUACCAAUAGAUGAACCAGUAAUACCUCCGCCAUUGGUGCCGUCUCCACUGCUUCCAGUGGAAACAGAUCAACCAGUGGUGCCUAUUCCACCUUCUCUUCCUUUUGAUGGUACUAUCCCUCCUUUCAUUCCUCCUGAUUCUCCCUUCAACAACUGA